GAGGAGAAACCUGAGGGGCGGGGCGCGUAGCGCGUGAGCCGGGCCGCCACCGCCAGGCCACCGGACGUGGGCGGGGACCACAUCCGGCGGGGCGGGGCUCGCGGAUCCCGGAAGUGGCGCUUGGCUGCGGUUUCCCGGUGCGGUGGCUGCAGGGCAGGAUGGAGACCCUGAAAGACAAGACCCUGCAGGAGCUAGAGGAGAUGCAGAGCGACCCAGAGGCUAUCGGCCGGCUGGCCCUGGAGUCCCCGGAGGUCCAGGACCUACAGCUGGAGCGGGAGAUGGCCCUGGCCACUAACCGGAGCCUGGCUGAGCGGAACCUGGAGUUCCAGACCCCCCUGGAGAUCAGCCGCUCCAACCUCUCUGACAAGUACCAGGAGCUGCGCAGGCUGGUGGAGCGGUGCCAGGAGCAGAAGGCCAGGCUGGAGAAGUUUUCCUCUGCACUGCAGCCAGGGACCUUGCUGGACCUUUUGCAGAUCGAAGGCAUGAAGAUCGAGGAGGAGUCUGAGGCCAUGGCUGAGCGGUUCCUGGAGGGUGAGGUGCCACUGGAGCGGUUCCUGGAGGACUUCUCAGCCAUGCGGACGUUAUCGCACCUGCGCCGCGUGCGGGUAGAGAAGCUGCAGGAUGUGGUGAGGAGGCCCCGAGUGCCUCAGGAGCCUGCGGGGGACACCCCUCCACCCCGGCCACCGGUGCCACCACGCCCUACUGUCCAGGCUGUGCCCCCCGUGGCUGAGGAACCCCCGCCACAAGUGCAGCCACCGCCAUCGACUACACCCCCUUACCCCUUGCCCUAUAGUCCGAUACCCAGCCUGCCUGUUGGCCCCACUGCCCAGGGCGCCCUGCCGCCAGCCCCCUUCCCAGUGGUGGCCCAGCCCUCAGCCUAUGGGGCACCUCCUGGACCCCGGCCCGGGGUGGCCAUGGGCUAUGCCUGGUCCCCCGUCAGGGGCGUGCCACCCCAGCAGAGCUAUCCCACACCCCCAACUAGCACCUCAGGUCCUGGAUACCCCUUGGCGGGGGGCCGGGUCCCUAGUCCUGGCUAUCCUCAGCAGUCCCCCUUUCUCCCCAUGGCAGGGAAGCCCCCCUACCCCACACAGGCUCCGCUGCCCGGCUUCUCCACCCAGCCCCAGCCCCCAGUGCCCCCUGGGCCCCCGUACCCCACCAGGCCCACACCCCCCUACGGCUUCCCCCCACCCUCAGGCCCCAGCUGGCCUGGGUACUAGGUGGGUCACCCUCCUGGCACAGAGACCAAGGGGCAGGAGUGGCACAGGCUCUGUGGAGGUGGCCUUGGCAGUGUGACCAUGCACUGUGGCCUCCAGCUAGCAGCCCGGGCUGCCCCUUUCAGGGACUUGCUAUGGGGUUCUCGGGUUUCUAAUGAGCCAACUGAUUGUGCCUGCCCCGGGGACAUCUGGAUGUGCAUGAGACGGCCCCGCCCAUCUGCAUCUAGGGUUGGCACCAGCACGGGUGCUGGGCCAGAGCAGAGCAUCCACCUGUGAAGCCAUCACGGACCUGCGAGGCUGUACCCUGGGCUGGGUGCACUGUGAAGGCCUUGCGUCGGUCCCCUGGAGCUCUGACUAGAUGGAGGAGCAUGGAGCCCAGGAGGUCUCGGCAGGAUGGGGAGUGGGGGCGGGGCAGCCAGAGCCCCUAUCCCUUUGUGCCUUGAAUCUCACAUACAAAUGGUCCCUCCCCUUACCCACCCCAUGAGCCCCAUCCCCGACCUGCAGCCCCUGCGGAUCGUCACAGCAGCCAGGCAUGGGCCCCAGCCUGAGUGGCAGCCCCCCGGCAUGCAGAGCAGGCUGGGCAUGGCGCUUGGGUGAGUGUCUCCGGCAGACCCCGAAGCCGCAGCCACACUGUGGCGUCAGGAAAUCUAGUGCCUUGAACCGUCCUGCUGGGCUCUCCACUUCUGAUGGGUGCAGGGGUGAGGGUGCCUGGCCUUGGGAGGCUGCCUAGCCCCACGUGUUGUGGGUAGGUGUGUGCAGGUCCAGGGCUGUGCCCCAACAUUGAGAGGAGUCCCAGUGAUCCUGUCCUGGCUCAGCCAGCUGUGUCACAACUUGCCACAAUAAACAUGGACUAGUUAUACUGGUA